AUUUUUUUUUUUGGUUACAAGAUAUAAAUAAUUUAGCAAAACCAAUAUUUACAUGUCAAAAUAUUUUAAUAAAAAAACAAUGUAACAUUGUAUUAUCAAAAUACUGAUUAUGAUUUUACCAAUGGUGUAGAGUGCAAUUAAUUUGAUAUAAAUUUUUAUUUAUUUUUUUAUUUAAAAAUAUUUUGUUCAUUGUUAUAUUUUUUCUUUUACAUUCAAUCGAGUGUAAUCAUCACUGACAUUACAAGAGUUAAAAAAAAAAAUUAAAAUAAUAAAAAAAUGUCUUCUAAAAGUGAGCUUAAAAAGUUAUCUGAGGAAAGUUUGACUCGCCAACCAGAAGAAGUUUUUGACAUUAUUUGUAAACUUGGAGAAGGAUCAUAUGGAUCUGUGUAUAAAGCAUUACACAAAGAAAGUGGACAGGUACUUGCUAUUAAACAAGUACCAGUUGAUACUGAUCUACAAGAAAUUAUCAAGGAGAUAUCAAUAAUGCAGCAAUGUGAUUCACCAUAUGUUGUUAAAUAUUAUGGAAGUUAUUUUAAAAAUACAGAUCUAUGGAUUGUUAUGGAAUACUGUGGAGCAGGAUCAGUAAGUGACAUAAUGAGAUUGCGUAAAAAAACAUUAUCAGAGGAUGAAAUAGCCACAAUACUUUCUGAUACAUUAAAAGGUCUUGAGUAUCUUCAUUUGAGACGUAAAAUACAUAGAGAUAUUAAAGCUGGUAAUAUUUUAUUGAACAACGAGGGACAUGCUAAACUUGCUGACUUCGGUGUUGCUGGACAACUUACUGAUACAAUGGCUAAAAGAAAUACUGUUAUUGGUACACCAUUUUGGAUGGCACCAGAAGUGAUACAAGAAAUUGGAUAUGAUUGUGUUGCUGAUAUUUGGUCACUUGGUAUAACAGCACUUGAAAUGGCUGAGGGUAAACCACCAUAUGGUGAUAUACAUCCAAUGAGAGCAAUUUUUAUGAUACCAACAAAACCACCACCAAGCUUUCGUGAACCAGAUCAAUGGAGUCCAGAAUUUAUUGAUUUUGUUAGUAAUUGUUUAGUUAAAAAUCCAGAAGAACGUGCAUCAGCUUCGGAUUUAUUACUUCAUGAAUUUAUUGGUGUUGCUAAACAACCAAAUAUAUUAAGUCAAAUGAUUGCAGAGACUCAUGAAAUUAGAGAAAAACAAAUUUCACAUAGAACACAUGUUAUAAAUAAUGUUGCAAUUAAAGGACAAAAUAAUGCUGAUGAUUCGGAUGAUGAUGAUUGCAGUGGAACAAUGAAACCACUUCCUGAUUGUGGAACUCUUGUACCUGGUGAUCUUGCUGAUACUGGUACACUUGUUUCAGGUAUGCUUGAUUUAGGAACAAUGGUUAUCAAUAGUGACACUGAUACAGAAGCAACAAUGAAAAGGCAUAAUACUGGCUCUGUUGAACCAGGUAAAAAAUAUAGACCACUUUUUCUUGAUCAUUUUGAUAAAAAAGAAACUCCAGAAAUUGUCAAGGGCAAUGGACAAGUUUUACAUAAUCCAGAAGUUGAAAAAAAAAUUGAACUUCCAAUACCAAAUGAAGCACAAAGGUUCCAAAGUCAUCUUCAACUUCAACUCAGUCAAAUAUCUCAUCCAGUGCCAGAACCAAUUCAUAAUAAUAUAUCGAAAUUUCAAAAUACAUUUUCUGAACGUGAUUUUGAUUUUGUAAGUAAUUUAUCAAUUAUUUAUUUUACCUUAUUUUAUAAUUUUAUUAUCAUUUUUUUGUUACAGCUUAAAUUUUUAUCUUAUGAAGAAUUACAACAACGUAUGUCAACUCUUGAUUCAGAAAUGGAACGUGAAAUUGAUGAGCUACGCAGAAGGUAUCAAAUUAAAAGACAGCCAAUUGUUGAUGCCAUGAAUACUAAGAGAAAACGUCAACAAAAUUUCUAACAGUUUUAUCAUUGUUUAUUUUUAAUUGUGUGCGACUGUAAGGAAAUUAAAAAAACAACAAAAACUAUGCCGGGUGUGAUAGACAAAAUGAGGUGUACAGAUUGUAUAAUAGAUUUUCUUUUUCUUUUUUUUUUAAAUCAUAAAAUUACAUUACGAUUUUUAUUGACAAAAUAUAAAUUUCAUGCUAAUUUUUUUUGUCAAAUUACAUUUUUUUUUUGCUCAGAAAAUUAAGUAGUUUAAUUUUUAAACUACUAAAAUUAUAUCUGUCAAUAAAAGUCGUUAUUAUUAUUGUUUUUUAAUGCCUCAUUUCGACAAUUAAAAUGAUUCAGUAUGUUCUUGAACGAUGAAAAAAAAAUUGUACUCAAUUGAAUGAUUUAAAAAAUGUUUAAUCAAAUUAUUGUUGAACACAAUUUUUUUUUAUAGAAUGAUUAUGAUAAUUAAGAUGAACAAAAUAAUAAAUUUAAUUUUAUAAUAAUGAUAGUUCAGAUCCAGCAAAUGAAAUUUAUAAAAAUCAUUUUUUUUUUCUGUAAAAUAUUCCGUAAAUUCAUUUUUUUUUUAUGCCGACCGCUAGUCUUCUAUAAUGCCAUUUAACAACACUGAUUAAUUUCUCUUUUUUUUUUUUUUUUCUUACUAAUUAUAAUGACCUGCAAUUGAUAGUUUUUUUUUUCUUUUUAAUUUAGAAAUUUAGCUUGAGAAUUAUUGUAAGAAAAAAGAAUCAAAUUUAAUUUUUUUUUUAAGAUUAUUUUUCUUUUUUUAAUAAUGCAUUUUUUAAAAAUAAUUUAACAUGUCAUUUAUUAAUAAUAAUUAUUGAAAUUUUGUAGAAAAAAUAGUGUCUUCCGAAUAUUAUUUUUUUUUUUUUAAAUUAACCAGAACUGUUUUUUUUUUUAAAUUAAAAAAAUCGAAUUUAGAAAAAAAGAAAUUGUUUGUGAGUGGUUAAUUUUUAUAAAAUAUAAAUUAAGAUAAUUUUGUUGUGGUUUAUAAUAAAAAUUAAUAAUAGUUGUAGAAAUUUGUUACUUAACAGUAUGAAAAAAAAAAUAACAAAAAAAAAAUUAUACAUUUUAAUUUUGUUAUUAAUUAUUAGGCAUUUAUUGGCAUUAAUUUUUUUGUCGUUGUCUGGCUAUCAAGAUCGAUGAUAUAAAUUUAUAAAUAAUUAAAAUAAUAACCAGAACUGAACGUAGAUAUUUUUGAUAUAUUAAACAAUCUAGGUAAUUGUCCAAAGCAUAGUACAAGAUCUGAACAAACAUUACAAAUAAUUGAAAAAUUUGAAAAAUUUAUUUAAACAAAAAACUGAGAUUAAUAUCCAGAGUAAAGAAAAAAAAUAAUAUAAUUUUAUCUCUGUAAAUUAAAAGCAAUACUAUUUUUUUUUUUUUCGUUUUUCUUACAAGCACUGAUUAUGUAUUUUAAUUUAAAAUAUUUUCUAUGUGUAUGGUAAAAUGGACACGUUGAUAAUAAAUAAAUUUCUUGAAUUUAAGACUGUAAAAAAUAAAUAUAAAAAUAAUUAUUAAAUUAUUUGAUAGUUUUUUCACAAUUUUCAUCUUGAAAAUUUGUAUUUCAACAAAAAAAAAAAAUGAUAUUUGAAUGGGACUCAAAUCGAAACAGAAAAAAAUUAUCAACAAGAAGAAAAAAAUGUACUGAUUUAUGUUUAGUGUUCAAUUUGACUGUCCAUUUUACCCCACGUUUUCCUGUAUUUAUAAAUUUUCCAAUAGACUGCUCUGAGAAUUGUAAAAUAAUAAAAUUAAAAAAAAAAAAAAACAAAAUAAUUAGUGGAAAUAUUUUAACUGGACAAUGAUUAAAUAAUAUAA